UUAAACUAUAUGAUACUAUACAACAUAUAUUUAUUUAUAAAUAAUAUACUCUCUCUCUUCUUUCCUCUCCUCUUCUGUUCCAGCGUUAGUCAUUUUCUGGGAAAAGAAAAAAAAAAAAUCUUUAUUUCGAAUUCAUGUCGGAAAAGGGACGGCCAUUGCCGAAGUUCGGUGAGUGGGAUGUGAAUGACCCCGCAUCAGCUGAGGGGUUUACUGUGAUCUUUAAUAAGGCCAGGGAUGAGAAAAAGACGGGUGGCAAACCUGAUUCACCAGCAAAGGCAGAUUCUAACCUUAAGAAUGGAGAGGACCCUGUCAAGCCUCCGGCGAAAAAAUGGUUUUGCUGCAUGCAAGCCCCGGAUGCUGAAUCUUGAGGCUAUUUCCCUGAGCAAGGGCUUCAGUAGAAGAACAUGUUCAUAGUUGGUCCCACCAUAUUUUAGGAGCUGUAGAUCGAUGAUGGGUGCUGCUUGAAUCCAUUUUAUGUAUUGUAAAACUGCAUUUUGUGUGGGGAAAGAGUAAAAUAUGAAAAGAAAAAAGGGGAAAAAAAAAGAAAAAGAAAAAAAAAGAACUUUAUUGUAUGUAUAUGUUCUGAUUUGGUGGAUUAUCAUGUGAAGCUUUAGCUAUUUGUUGUUGUCUCUGCCUUGUACUAUGGGCUGUAGAGCUUGUCCAGUCUAUGAUUUUUCUUUUUCUUUCUAUUCCUGUCUUUACAUGGAAAAAAUAACUCA